ACAGUGGCCGACAGCGUGUGACCUGGUAUAAAUCUCUAACGCCCUCGUUCUUCGAGCCCAGUAUCCACCCGCUCCCGACCUGAAGAUGACAGACUUCAACACUAUCUCUAACGAGAUUCUUGUGCAUAUACAUGAUAAGCUUGGCGGCGACCUCCUUGCGCACAUAUCGUUCUCACAGACGUCCCGACGCCUUCGCAGGCUGUAUGAAGACGGCACACUCUGGCAAACAGCUUGUUUCAAGGCCGGUUUUGGAAGGCCUAAGCGGCGGGUGGUCAUGGGCGAAGCCAUGCAGGAGCUGUCCUGGCGCGAGCUCGCGUACAUCCUCGUCAGGCACGCGUCAGACUGUGAGAUCAAGACUUGCAAGGCCGCUAAUGCCUGCUUCACUUCACGAUACCGCAGUAUGUCCCGCAGCUCCAUUCGUGAACCCUUGACCUUCCCGCCAGACGUCGAGUUGCAUCCGCUUUACUUUUAUCUUCACUUCUCGGAAACCGCACCUGACGCUCCUCAUAUGCCAUCCCCGGACACGCUGGCCAUCCUCCUUACUCAUUUGCCAACGUUUCCGGAGUGCAAGACUUCGCAGUACGGGCCUCUCUGUGUCCACCCCAACGCGUCCUGCGCCUUCGCCACAUUCCCUCCCAUGCAGACCAUUGGUUUUCGAGACGCGAAUGGGGACCCAUUCUUAACAGUCCAUAACCCGGAUGGGUGUACCCUCCUUGACGUGAAUCGCGCGCUGUGUGAUCUCAUCCCGAGAGACUUCGAACAAAUGGAGGCCGCACUGGCUCAUUACCACGAGCUCUUGUUCACCUCAGGCAAAACUUUAAUGCAGUUUGCGGAGUGUAUCAGCCGUGACAAGGGGUUCCUGGAUGAUCACGAAUACCCUUUCCUCCGAGAGCUAGUUGCGCAGGCGUAAUAUCCUCUUCCUUUUCUUGGACCCGAUCACGGAUAGUCACCAACUAUACCCAACACAUCGCACUUUCCUUUGUCUUCGCUUACUAGACACGAGCCUGAAUUAUUCGGCACCUGUGCGACGUGGGACAGAUGUCCGCCUUCAUAAGCGCUCAUAUGCCAGUGUUUGACGAGCACAGCGCUUCGGCGGUCAAGUUCGUGUUUUUUGCCGUCGCACAACUUGUGCCAGCACACGAACGUACCGAGGGAACCAACCCCUCAAC